UGAUUGUCAGCGAGGCGCCUCCUUCUGUCAUCCAGUCUGCUCUGUUCAGUCCACAGACUGCUCUGCUGCAGGUGUGCAUGUGAUUUAAACAUUGCCGAUCUUCUGAAAACAUGUCAUCCGUCAAGCGUCUGGUAUAUGCAAUCAUCCAAUUCUUAAGAGAGCAGAGUCAGCGGGAUGUGUACACGGCAGAUGAACAGGAAAGUUUAGAAGUUGCAGUACAGUGUUUGGAGACUGUUUUUAAAAUCAGUCCUGAAGAUGUACAUCCUUCCACACCAAACUCCUUGGAAGAAUUAUUUUCACAAGCACAUUUUAAGAAUGAUGAACUGACGCCAGCAGAAUCCCCUUCAGUCUCCCCGGCUGACAUAGAAAAGGCUGAACAGCUAAAAGAUGAAGGUAACAAUUACAUGAAGGAGCAGAACUAUGAAGCUGCUGUCGAGUGUUACUCACAGGCGGUUGAGUUGGAUCCAAACAAUGCAGUAUAUUACUGCAACAGGGCCGCCGCACAUACUCAGUUAGGUCACCAUGAGGAUGCAAUAACAGACUGUGAAAAAGCCAUAUCAAUUGAUGAAAAAUACAGCAAAGCCUAUGGGAGAAUGGGACGAGCCCUGGCAGCCUUAAAUAGAUACAAAGAAGCAAUCGGCAGCUACCAGAAGGCCUUGGACCUAGACCCUGAAAAUGAAUCCUAUAAGACCUACCUGAAGAUAGCAGAACAGAAAGUCAGACAAGUCCCCAGUCCUACAAGUGCUGGAUGGGGAUUUGAUAUGACGAGCCUCAUGAAUAACCCAGCCUUCGUGAGCAUGGCAGCCAGCUUGAUGCAGGAUCCACAAGUGCAACGGCUGAUGUCUGGAAUGAUGUCUAAUGCUGGAGGGGGUCCUGCUGCUGGUGUUGGAGGGCUAACAGACCUCUCAGGCCUUAUCCAAGCUGGACAACAGUUUGCACAACAGAUUCAGCAGCAAAACCCUGAGCUGAUACAACAGCUGAGGAACCAUGUGCGAAGUCGAUCUUUCAGUGGGACCACUGAGGAGCAUUCAUGACACCUUGCACAGGUGGCUAUUCACACAUGGAACAAUAACUGACCACUGCGCACGUUAACAAAGUGGCUGACAGAGCUGACCUUCCGUCAGGCAGCAUCCCCGAGUACGCUCCAUUGUCACACACAUGCAGCUACAGCAGAGCAUGGGAACCUGUAGUACAUCAUCUGGUGAGAUCCGUAUAGGAGAGGAAUCUGCCAAACGUCCAUACUAUCCUCAUUUUAUUGUAUAUUUUGUUGUAAA